CAGCUAGAUGAUGAACAAUCAAAAUAGCAACAACAAAUCAAAAUCGAUUAAUUCACCAUUUUCGCAUCUUCAUCCAUCAUUACUUUCCGCAGAUGACAUAAACCAUCUUAUUCAAAAAUCUAAUAUUGAUGGUCAUUCUUAUGAUCGAUAUGGAUUCAUAAUUGUUCAAUCAACAAACGAUGACCAUUCAGAUUCGAUCAAGAUGGAUGAAGCUAACCGAAGAUAUGUCGAAACUAAAACUCAAUGGAUUGCCUUUUUGGAAAGUGAAUACAAACGUAUGGCUCCAGCAUCUUGUCUUGAUUUAUCACAAUUCGAUUCAACCGAAAUCGAACGAUUACCCCGAUUAAAUGAAUUGAUUUGUUUGAGUAUUAGUGAUGAGCUUCGUCCAUUUUUUUGGAUUCGUUUUUCACGAGCUAUACAUCUGAAAAUUGCAAGCAAAUGGAGUUUUACACAAUUAAUUGAUCUAUCGGCUGAUGAGUCUAGUUUAAGUGUGCAGCAAGCAACGCAAGUAUUGCCCAAUAAUGUAUGUUUUACGCUAAAUUCCGUAUCGAAUCGUUUACGUCGUAUAUUGAAAAUUGUUCAUUGGUAUCAGAAAAUGGAUCUAGCUUUUGAUGACAGUCAUCCAAGUGACCAACAAUUUAAUUUAUCUUUAAUUGGUGCCUAUCUACUUUUAAUAUGUUCGGAAGAGGAUGCUUUCUGGCUAUUACUACGAAUUACAUUGUCUGUAAAUCUGGACGAUUGUAUUGAACUUAUCGAUCAAAUUAUGGCAAAAUGCUGUCCGUUAUUUAAUGCAUUACUACGAAAACAUGACAUUGAAUUCAAAUUGGUUGCAUCGAUUUGGUUUAGCUCAAUGUUGGCAGGUUUCGUACCCAACGCUUCUUUACUUUAUGCCCUAUGGGAUUUAUAUUUCUAUGAAGGGCCUGUAUUUCUUAUACAAUUUACAAUCGGUUUACUCAUUACCGAAACGAGGUCGUUAGAAAAUUGUUCGGAUUCAAAAGAGUUUUUCAACUCACUGUCCGAUCUACCAUCGAAUGCAUUACGGUCAUUGGACAAGAUUAUGUAUGCCUGGAAAAGUGGGAAAAACAUUGUCGCUAACCUGAAUUUACCGGCAAAAUUUUUUCAUUAUGAAAACCAAUCCAAUGCCGAUCAAUUGCUCGGCUCGAUGGUUGUAGCAAGUAAUAGUUUGAGUCAGGAUGAACUCAAAAUGAAAAACAUUAAACAAACCGCAUUGAUCAUGAAACUACACGAAGCAAUCGUAGCUAUUGGACAUCAUUUUCAGGCUUAUGAACCUGAUGUUCAUUACCGUUUAGAUCCAGACUACGACAAUGUGGACAAAGUUGAUAUCAAACAAGAUAUGAUAAAUAGGCUACGACCUUAUCAACGUCGAGCCAAAGCGUUAAUUGAUUUUAGCAGUGAAGAUCCAGACGAACUUGCUUUUGCCAAAAACGACAUUAUCACCAUCAUCAAUGAAAAAGAUGAACAUUGUUGGAUUGGUCAAUUGAACGGUAGAUUCGGAUGGUUUCCGGCCAAAUUUGUCGAACUACUUGAUGAACGAGAUCUUGAUUACAGUAUUGCUGGUGAUGAUAGAAUCGUACCGUUUAUUAAUGAUCUAGUCAGAGGCAAACUAAGUUCAGCUAUCAAAGCAAUUUUGACUUAUGAUAUGCGUAAAAGUUUUUUUUUCACCAUUCAUCCAUGGACAAUAAUUGAACAAAUAUCAACAUUGACAACCAAUGCUGGAUUAAAAUCUGUUUUCUCCAGGCUUGUACUGACCAAAACAUUUCGGCUAGAUGAAUAUGCUCGAGUUUUGUCGCCAAAUGAUUUACUAUAUCGAAGUAUUGCAUUGAUUAAUCGAACACAUGGUGAUUGCCCUAUGGAUAUUAAAUUACGAUCAUUAAUUUGCCUUGGACUUAAUCAAUAUGUUCUUCAUGAUUGGUUUGAAAUGAUCUGCAUAUCACAACCAUCGAUCAUUUUCAAAUCAUAUGGAUCGAACAGUUUUCUGACCAGUCCAGCUUGGAAAUUGAUCAAAGCUGAACUUAAACUUUUGGUACAAUUUUCAUUUCAUUUGAAUCCUGAUUCAGAAAUAUCCAAUAGUGAUGAACCUAAAUCCCCAGUGACUAAAGAAGGUGUUUGUGAUAUGCUUGUUAAAUAUCAUCUAUUCUCAUGGGAUAUAUGAUGAAUCAUCAUUAUCAUACACAAACAUAGACAGAUUUUGUUAUAAGCAAAAAUGAAUGAAUGAUUGAUUG